AUGGGUAUAGUUUCUAACACUAAGUUGGUGGACAUACAGAUGUGCUCAGACAUGGGGGCUAGGCCAGAGAGAGACGAGCUAGACUUUGAGUUCUUGGGCAAUAGGAGUAGUGAGCCAUACAUCAUACAGAGCAACAUUUACAAAGGAGGGGUUGAAAGUAGAGAAAUGAGGCACUCCCUUUGGUUCGACCCGACUGAGGACUUCCACACCUACUCCCUUUGGUUCGACCCGACUGAGGACUUCCACACCUACUCCAUUUUAUGGAACAACCAUCAUAAUGUGUUCUUUGUGGAUAGGGUGGGCAUUAGAAUCUACAGGAAUACAGAGGCUUCCAACGAUGCAUUUCCGAAUGAGAAGCCAAUGUACAUCUUCUCAAGCAUAUGGAAUGCCGAUGAUUGGGCAACAAGGGGGGGCCUUGAAAAGACAGAUUGGAAGAACGCUUCAUUUGUAUCGACUUACAAGAAUUUCCAAGUGGAUGCAUGCCAGUGGAAGGACCCUUACCCAGACUGUGUUUCUACCACCACACAAAACUGGUGGGAUCAGAGUGAGGCGUGGACCCUCUCCACCUCCCAAAGGGAGGAUUUCAGUUGGGUUGGUCGGAACCUCAUAAUUUACGACUACUGUCAUGACACCAAUAGGUACCCUAAACUUCCCAAUGAGUGCAUCAAUUCUCCAUGGGAUUGA